AUGAAAAAUGUCAAAUUACAUAAUUUUCUUAAAAAUGUGAACAGCGUUGGGGUAUACAAAAAGGAAAUAAAUUUAUUUUCUUGUAAUAGAUAUCACUCUGAUGAAGUAAAAAAAUGGAAUAUUUCAAAGGAACACAAAAGAACAUGUAAUAACAAACAAGACGUACAAAAUGGCAAUACCUUAUUUUUGGGGAACUUAAAAAAAAGUACUACAAAACUUAGUAAUGAGGAAAAUCCAAAUAUAUUACACUUAAAAAGUAGUAUUAUUUAUUUAAUUAAUAAUGUAAAAGAGAUAGAAAAAAAUAAAAUGGUGCUUUGCGAUUUUAUUGAUAUAAUUCUUUUUUUAAGAAAAGGAAUAGAAAAGUUCCUUUUGUUAAAAGAAAAAUACGUUGUUGGUUUUUUCUGGGCUUUUGCAAAAAUAAUAAAUUAUAUAGAAAAAGGGAAAAUUAUGAAUAGGACAAUAAUUUUUAAUUGGAAAUAUUUAUUUACCUAUAUUGCGCAUAUUAUUAUUAAAGAAAAUUAUAUGCAUUAUGGAGAGGGUAGAUAUAUGGAUAUAAAGCAGUUCAUCUUUUCAUUUUUGUCAACUAGACUUUGUGACAGUGAUUUGAAUGAAAUUGAUAACAAUAAAUUUUAUGGCGCUGAUGCAUUUACAACGGCAUUACACAAGUUUACAAGUAGUUAUAGAACUGAAAGGAGUAGAAAGCAGGAGCUCCAUAAGGGAUUGGUCAAUCAAACAGAAUUAUAUAUCAAUUCGAAUGGAAAUCAAAAUGGGGAAAGGAGAAAAAUUUUUAGUACUGAUAAAUUGAGUAGCUUGAGUGGUUAUGGUUACUUUGCUAUGGAAGCAAAAGGUGGUAGGAACCUGCAUCACCCGUCCGACCUUUUUGAGCUGUUUACGCAGAAUGUAUUUAGAAAAUUAUUGCACCCUGUAGAAAUAUACAUUAUAGAGAAAUUAAAUCAUAUCUCUUUUGAUAUUAAGACAGCCAUUAACUUCUUGGAGCUGUCAAAUAGAAACAUGACCUCGAACGUACGAAUGGCGGUAAAUGCGGUACUGCUGAGCAAAUUUCAAGGGGGGAAAGAAAACAGUAUCAAUGGUAGUGGUAGUAUCAAUGGUAGUGGUAGUAUCAAUGGUAGUGGUAGUAUCAAUGGUAGUGGUAGUAUCAAUGGUAGUGGUAGUGCAAUGGUAGUGGUAGUAUCAAUGGUAGUGCAGUGUGGUAGUGGCAGUGGUAGUGGUAGUGGCAAUUUCAUUAACAGCAAUGGUAGCUUUUACAGUAACAACGAUUAUAGUAAUAGCAGUUACAGUAAUAACAAUAACAGUAAUAGUAGUAAUAUCUACGACUUUUCCACCUUUGAGUUGUGUAGACUAAUAAAUAUAAUAGUGAAUUAUAAAAUUAAAACAGUAGAUAGUAGACUUGUGUCUGAUAUUAUUAGAACUUUAGUGUUUGAUCAAAUUUAUGUUAUAAACGAUAUUGUAUGUAAUUUUAAUUUAUUGCUCUUAGAUGGGUCUAGCUUACAGCAUAGAGAUAAUUCGACUAAGUACACGUUAAGACGAGAAAAUGAAAGAGUGGGUCUCCGAAAAAUUGGAAAAAUGGGCAAUAGUAACAUUAGUAGCGAUUGUAGCAGUGGUAGCAAUAACAGACGACGUAUCAGCUGUAACGAAUGGCUGCACAGCGGCAGCAAACGAGACAUAGCAUCGCUCAUACGCGAUUUCUCAAGGAUGCGAAUUCUGGACUUACACUUGUAUGACAUAUUAAUUCAAUGUUUCUUUUUCAAAUUGAAGUAUAGCGAAAGUGUUAAGAUAUUCCAUUCGUUGGAAGGCAGGAUGCAAGAGCGUAGGAAGUGUAAGAAUUGUAGCAGCGGCCUAGUCAGCAGUCAGAAUACGUAUAGCGGUACACCCUCAAUUAACAGAGAACAUAUAUACAGCCUUAAGGAGUAUUGCUCCCAGUGUGAAUCAGACUCAAAAAAAAUAAAGGGAAUCAAACGGAUGAACUCACAUCGCAUUGAUUAUGUAGUUCCAUAUGACACUUCAUACCACUACAACAGUGAAAAUUAUGAAAAUUAUAAAAAUUAUGAAAAUAGUGAAGAAUAUACUAUGUCCAAAAUAAGCGAAAAUGCUACUACAUAUAAAGGGCCUACAUUUGACUCGUCCGAUGUGAGAAAUUGUGUAGACAUUCUGAUAGGUUUGGCAAACAUUAAUUAUUACCACGAUAGGUUUAUUCACUUCUUUAUUCAUAAUAUGAUAACUAAAAAACAGAAAUUUUUUUGUUCUUUUUUUUUUGAUUUGAAAAAUAUAGCUAAUGUAAUUUUAACGCUUAGACAUUUACUCCUAUUAAGGUAUAAGAACUUAGAAGUCUUAAAAAAAUUGCUUUCUUUUAUUAUACAAAAUAGCAAAUAUGUUGAAGUCAAGCAACUAAUCAUGAUUUUCUAUUCCGUCUACUGUUACAUUGUUCGGAGGUAUCAACUAGGAAAUGUGGAAUAUUGCGGAAACGACAGCAUAUUGUUCUGCAAAUAUGAUGCUCAUCAGACAAAGGUAGGCGCAUACGAGGCAAGGGAGAAUGUCACAAAUGUCACAAAUGGCGCAAAUGUCACAAAUGUCACAAAUGGCGCAAAUGUCACAAAUGUCACAAAUGUCACAAACGGCGCAAAUGGCGCAAAUGUCACAAAUGGCGCAGAUGUCUCAGGGAACGGCCCAAAUGCGGCAGAGGCGGAUGAGCAAUGCUCGACCGAACUGCGUACAGCAAAAAAUGAACUGUUCAACUGCUUGCACAAAUUAUCGGAUAAUAUAUUCUCCAGGGAGGAAGAGAUUGAUUCGAUGCAAGGCUUAGUUAAUUUUUUUUUUUCUCAAGUCAAUAGUAUAAAUAGCGUAACAAUAGAAAAAUACAAAAUUUUUUAUAAAAAAUUUUGGAAUAUACUAAGGCUAAGAGGAAAAGAGCAAAUACAACUUGAAACUAUAGUUCAAAUUUUUUUGUUUCAUUAUAGAAAUAACAUAAUACAUAAAAGUUUUAUGGUAUAUUUGCUGGACAUGUUGGGCACAUCCAUACCUGUGAAUAUUAACAACAUGUGCUCCAUUACAUUUAUAUGUUUUCAUUUUAAUAUUAUAAAUAAAUCAUUUUUUAAUUUUACUUUACGUAUUCUAUUUGAUGAGAUAAAAAGGAUGGAGGAAGGAAAUCAUAUCAGAGUUACAAAUAUGGACCUUUUUUCAAACCACAAUAAAAAUAGUAAAGAAGAUAUAAAGGAGCAAUAUACUGCUCGUACUAUGAUAAAGGAUAUGCAAUCAUGCAAGUUUGGGAAGUACUUUAUGAAUAGAGAAGAUGUAUCAGAUGAAAAGCAGAAUAAUUUUGCAUCUUCCUUUAUAGAUAAUAUUCAUAGUAACCAUUAUGGUAACUAUAUAAGCUAUACACAUAUGGAUAAUGAUAUACUUAAAAAAAUAAUUAAAUGUGUGUGGUCAUUAGUAUUAAGUAGUUUUUUUCUCGAAAGCUCGUUUAUGACCUUUUUGAAAAUAUGUAUAUUAUUAAAAAAAAUAUUUCGAAAUAAUAUAAUACUGAAAGACAGUGAUUAUAAUAUGAUAUAUCAAAUAUUGUUAAGUAUAAAUUUAUAUUACAAAAAGAACAAAUCUUUUUUUUCAAAAAAUAAAAAAAUUAUAAAUUAUAAAAAUAUACCUAUUACUUUUUAUAUUCCAUAUACCAUAAUAAAAAGGGUAGUCAAAAGGAAUACCAUCGGGUUGUUCAAAAAUGUACAUAUAUCCAGCUUUCAGUAUAAGAUUUCAAAUUAUUUUAAUAAGAAAAAAAUGGUAUAUAAAUCUGAACAUACUUUAAAACAUGGAUUAAUAGCAGAUUUUUUGGUUUUCAGAAAGGACAAGGCAUAUUUGCUGCUAGAAAUUGAUGGCAUAUAUCACUAUAAUAUAUCCAACGAUAUUAAUCAUUAUGAAAUUGUGCAUAAUAAUAUGUUCUUAUUGAAAAAUGGAAGAACUGUUUUUCGAAAUAAUGUACUUCACACAUUAUAUAAUCUCAAAUUUGUAUCAUUACCGUGGUUUUUUUUUUUUCAAUCUAAGUCUCUCAAGAAGUUGGAGCUUUUGUUAUACGAAGGCGGACGUAUAGCUGUGUAA